CGCAUAAAGGAGGAAUUAAAAGAGUUUGGAAUAAACAUAGACUCUUUUACUCAUUUACCUGAUGUUAAUAUUACCUUGCCUCCAUUGGAAGGUCGCAGUAUAGAAGAACAUUUCUAUAACAUUGCAACAGUACAGACAAAGCUAUAUUUGAAGAUCAUACAUGAGAUUAUGAAAGAUGUUCCUGAGAUGCCUAAAGAAUGGUUACUUCAAGAAGGAUGGACUAGAUAUACCAAAGAUAAAGUAGAGAGCGUAGAUUACCCCUUAGAAGAAGGAAUUGUUUUUGAUGUGGAAGUCUGUAUGUCUGAAGGAUCAUUGCCAACCCUAGCUACUGCUGUUAGCAGUAAAGCCUGGUAUGGAUGGGUUUCCAAAUCAUUGAUAGAUGGGCCAGGAAUACCUGUGCAAAGUUUAGGACAUACAACAGAGAUGCUUAUUCCCAUAGAAAGCUCUAACGAACAGAAUGGUCAAAAACUGAAUAAUCACCAAAAGAAACCAAAGAUUGUUGUGGGCCACAAUGUUUCCUUUGACCGAACACGGAUCAAAGAGCAAUACUGGUUGAAUUGUACAGGUACACGUUUCAUAGACACCAUGUCUCUUCAUGUUAGUAUCAGUGGAGUUAACAGUUAUCAGAGAGCGAUAUUGAAAUCGGAUCAGAAGCAAUAUGAAGCUGAAGAAUGGCGCAAGACUGCUUCCUUGAACAGUUUAGUGGAGGUUUACAGACUUUACUGCGGGAAAGAACUUGAUAAGAAAGCAAAAGAUGUAUUUAUUGAAGGAUCAUUGAAUGAUGUCCGUGGACAGUUCAAUCAGUUAAUGAUGUACUGCGCUCAUGAUGUUAAAGCUACACACUCAGUUUUGCAACAGCAAUUUCCUAUGUUCCUGAAGAGAUUUCCUCACCCUGUUACACUAGCUGGAAUGUUGGAACUUGGUUUAGCUUAUCUACCAGUUAAUUCUAAUUGGGAACGAUACAUAGAGGAAUCAGAAUCCACCUACGAAGAUCUAAAUUACGAAGCUAAGUGUAGUCUCUCAAAAAGGGCUGAUCAAGUAUGCAAACUCAUGCAUAAUGAGAAGUACAAGGAGGAUCUUUGGAUGUGGGACCAGGAUUGGAGUAUACGUGAUGUAAAAAUGAAGUUGAAACUUUCGAAAGGGAAAAAUCAAGAAGCAGAGGCUGAACGAGAAAAAAAGACAGCGUUAAGAGAGCAGUCUGACAUUGAAAAAUAUUUAACUGAUGACGAAGACGAGGCAGAUCCUCUCGAAGAGAAGUUUUCUUACCUACAUGAUACUAAAUAUCUAUUGCCAGCCAAAAUGCCGCACAUGCCAGGAUAUCCAGCAUGGUACAGAAAGCUCUGCUUCAAAGAAAAUGAUGAGAAUUGGGUACCAGGUCCACAGAAUAUUAGUACAUCAAUGCAGAUCACACCUAAAUUACUGAACUUAACGUGGGAAAAUUAUCCACUGCAUUAUAUAAAGGAUCAUGGCUGGGGUUUUUUAGUUCCUUACAAUAAUAAUCUCAAUGUCGAGACAAAAUUGCCUUUAAAACAGCUUCUGGAACAAUGUCGGGUAUCAAACUUAACAAAAAGCAACGAUGAUGUAGAAUACGCAAUGGUCUCCCUAAAUAAAGAUGUGGAGAAUGAUCUUCAUAAAACAGAAUUCUGGCGACAUAAGAAAGAAAAGAAGAGUGAUUCUGAAAAGGCAAGUGGUUACAAAGGUUCGGGAAUCUGGUGUAACGUUAACAUAGACAAUUGCUGUUGGUUCUUUAAGUUGCCACAUAAAGGUGGGAAUUCGUAUAAUGUGGGUAAUCCACUCGCCAAAGAUUUCCUUAACAAAUUUUCGGAAAACGUUUUGGCCGGUUUAGACGAAAGUGCCUCCCAAGUCUUAAGGAUUGCCAAAAUGGUCUCUUACUGGCGGAACAACCGUGAUAGAAUCUUAUCGCAAAUGGUAAUAUGGAUCAAUCAUAAAGAUUUGCCAACAAUUUCAAAAAAAUCUAAGGAAAAAGGACGCACUAGAUAUGGCGCCAUCAUUCCGCAGGUGGUAGUUUCAGGAACCUUAACUCGCAGGGCUGUGGAACCAGCAUGGAUGACAGCAUCCAAUGCGCGAAGUGACAGAGUCGGUUCAGAGCUACGCGCUAUGAUACAGGCUCCACCAGGAUAUAGCAUCGUUGGAGCUGAUGUAGAUAGUCAAGAACUCUGGAUAGCAUCUGUCAUUGGUGAUUCCUAUCGGGCUAAGAUCCACGGCGCAACACCAUUCGGAUGGAUGACUUUAAUUGGUACGAAAUCCAAUGGUACUGAUAUGCACAGUGUAACUGCUAAAGCAGUAGGAAUAUCAAGAGAUCACGCUAAGAUCAUAAACUACGCGAGGAUCUAUGGCGCUGGACAAAAAUUCGCUGAACGACACCUUAAACAGUUCAACCCCUCGAUGACAGAAUCAGAGGCGAUCUCCAAAUCUAGAAAAAUGUUCGCCAUGACAAAGGGUAAACGAAUGUACAAAUUAAAAUGUGAGGAAAUCAAUCCUGAUCUAGAGGACAGAUAUUACUCCAGUUAUGAGGCUUUUAAGAUAUCGAAGGUGUAUGGUAAAACGAUGCAGGAAAUGUUUGAUAAAGGACAUUGGAUAGGAGGAUCAGAGUCAGCAAUGUUUAAUCGACUUGAGGAAAUUGCCGGAAGUCCAAAACCUGCGACGCCAUUUUUGGAGUCAAGACUAAGCCGUGCCCUGGAACGCAAUGAGGAUGAUAUCGAUGAUGAGAAGUAUCUGCCUACAAAAGUGAACUGGGUCGUUCAGAGUGGAGCUGUGGACUUCUUGCAUUUAAUGCUUGUUUGCAUGAGAUGGUUGAUGCGCGACAAUGCACGAUUUUGUUUGUCAUUUCACGAUGAAGCGCGUUAUCUGGUUCCCUCACGAUACAAGUACAAUGCAGCGCUGGCUAUGCACGUCACUAAUUUAUUGACCAGGUCAUUCUGUGCCUCAAGACUUGGCAUAAAGGACCUUCCUAUGUCUGUCGCGUUCUUUGCUUCAGUUGAAGUAGACACUGUAUUGAGAAAAGAGUCCAGUGAUGAUUGUCAGACACCUUCAAAUCCUCAUGGUUUGGAGAGCGGAUACGAAGUGCCACCUGGCGAGUGUUUAGAUAUCUGGAAAGCGCUGGAAAAGUCUGCAGGAUCUUUGGGACCUUGGCACAAAAUAAAAUCCAAAGGAAGAUCGUCCACUUCCUCAUCCUCUGUUCCAGAGUCUGCCAAAUGUUUAAAUUAGACGAUAGGAAAUUAAUUUGAGAUUAUAGUAUGUCCAAAGCUACCAAGCGGAAACAUGUGGAGAAAGAAGUUCAGGAGGAUUUUAGUAUGCCCACUGGGAAGCAGAGUAUCGUCCAACUCCUAGAAUCCAGGGGUAACAAUCUUCACGAGGUUAGAGACCCCUCAGGGGACCAAUAUUUGGUCUCAAUGCCCACCAAGUUUCGCAGAAGUAUAUG